UUCUAUUAUUUAGAAGUGGAAAUUCCAAAAAGAUGCAAGUCGUUUUGUUAAAAUCAUAUUUGACGAUAAUGAUUGUUGUUUUUGCAACUAAAGGAGCUUUUUCUGAUACGUUUUGUCAUGAAUCUAGGAAACUGGAUUCCGUGUGUGCUUCCUAUUGCUAUAGGGUCAGUAAACCUCUAUUUCAAAUGGCACCCAAAUGUUAUAGCAAGGAUGCCGAGAUAAUUAAGCUCAAGGAUCAGUUGACAAAGCUAGCGAAACAGAAUGCAGUUUGGGAAGAGAAGGCAUCGCAGUUUGAAAACCAGAUGAAGCUGGUUUCAGAUAUGGCAGAAAUCAAGGCAAAUGUUGCCAAUCUUCAAUCAAACAGACAAGUUGAUAGCAACAAUUUAAAGCAAGUAACCGACCAAAUAAAUGCUUAUCUCAGUAUAAACAAUAUUCAAAACUCCCUGAAGUCCGGCGAUGCGAUCAAUAAAGCACAAAACCAGAAAAUUAAUGGUUUGCAAACCAAACAAGGAUCUGUUCAGAAUAAACCAGACUAUAAAAUACUUGAAUCCACAGAGAAAAAUGCACAAUAUUUAGAUAAUUGUGGAAACUCUUCGGGUAUUCAAAUGAUUCAAGUUUCGGGCAUUUCCGAACCAUUCGAAGUGCUAUGCGAUAAUAUAACAAUGGAUUUCCCCUGGAUAGUCAUUCAAAAACGAGUUAGUAGAGACCUCGACUUCAAUAGAAAUUGGCAAGAUUACGCUAACGGCUUUGGCGAUGUCAAUGACAAUUACUUUAUGGGUUUGGAAAAGAUCUAUUAUCUGACAAAAACACAGCCUUACGAGCUAUAUGUGCACUUGGAAAGCUUUAAGGGUCAGACAGGAUUUGCCCGCUAUAGCUACUUCGUUUUAGGCAGCUCCAGGGAUCAAUGUCGCAUACAGAGUCUCGGGAUAUAUACUGGAAAUGCGGGAAAUGCAAUGUCAGAUAUACUAGAUAAACGAUUUAUAACUCCCUAUGACAGCAACCGGGGAGGCUGGUGGGAAUCUAAUAAUUGCAAUCUGAAUGGACGCUAUUCUGACUUUGAGAUUAGCAAUACUCAUGGAAUUUGGUGGAAGAAAUUUAACGAAGGUCGCACUCUCAAAACUGUAAAAAUGCUUAUAAGGCCAGCGCGCACUUAAAUGAAUAUUAAUAAUAAAAUUAAUAUUGAUAUUGA